CACGACGUGGUCUUGUGUUGUCGUCACCGGACUCUGAUGCUCUCGACCCAGUUGUUCAGUCGGAGAGUCCAGACUCAGAGAGCAGAGAGAGAGAGACGGAGGAGGAGGAGGGAGACUUAAUGUCGGCAAGAUACUCUCAAAUAAACACGUUAAAGAUUGUUCUAGUAGCAGAGUGAGCCUUCCCCCACACCAUGUCUCAGGACAAGAGUGGAUACCCUAUUAUGGGUGAGAACAACCCACUUCAUAACAAUGUCUAUGGACGACCUCAGCCAGGUUUCGGCAUGCCCCCUCCCAACUACAGCCAAGCCCCAGGGGGACCGUACCCACCAGCAGCCGGCUAUGGACAGCCGGGUGUCCCCCAGGCAGGCCCAGGUUUCGCCCCUGGUCCCUACCCUCAGAUGCCUUACCCUCAGAUGCCCUACCCACAAGGACCCUACCCUCAGGGGCCUUAUCAGCAAGGACCCGCACAGCCAGGCUUUCCCGGUGAUCCCACGGUACCUGCUGGCAGCCCUGGUUACCAUGGUGAUGGGCCUCCAUCUUAUUACGACAAUGAGGAAUUCACCAACUCUGGCUUUGAGGACAAGACCAUCCGACAAGCCUUCAUCAGAAAAGUCUUCAUGGUUCUCACAGUGCAGCUAAUGGUCACUUUCUCCUUCGUUGCCAUCUUCACCUUUGUUGAUGAGGCCAAGGACUUUGUGCGGCGUAAUCCAUGGACAUACUAUGUGUCCUAUGCAGUCUUCUUUGUGUCUCUGAUCGUGCUCAGCUGCUGUGGAGACUUCCGCCGCAAGCACCCCUGGAACUUGGUGGCACUGUCCAUACUGACCCUGAGCCUCUCCUACAUGGUGGGCAUGAUCGCCAGCUUCUAUGACACAGAGACUGUCAUCAUGGCCGUGGGCAUCACUGCAGUGGUCUGCUUCACUGUCGUGCUCUUCUCACUACAGAGCAAGUAUGACUUCACUUCCUGUCGGGGCGUGCUGUUUGUGUGCCUGAUCGUGCUGUUGCUCUUCUCCAUCCUCUGCAUCUUCAUCCACCACAGGAUCUUGCACAUCGUCUAUGCUUCGCUGGGGGCCCUGCUCUUCACCUGCUUUUUGGCAGUGGACACUCAGCUUCUCCUGGGCAACAAGAAGCUGGCUCUGAGUCCGGAGGAGUACAUUUUUGCUGCCCUCAACCUCUACACCGACAUCAUCAACAUUUUCCUCUACAUCUUGGCUAUUGUGGGACGCUCCCGUGAAUGAGGCUGCACUUUAAAGAGAACAGGAGGGAGACAGAGAACGCCUCCCUUUAUUGUGAAAUGAUGCUAACAUGCUCUCCUUUAACUUUUUCUUCACUUUUUUUCCCAUGAUACUCUUCGUUACCUCUCCUAUCACACAUACACCUUUUUUUAAACAGGCAGUUGUGCUUUGGAGCAGACGCAGCCUGUCAUAAAAUCCAGCUGAGAGGGACAUUAUUUAUUCAAUACAAAUCUUGCCAUUCAUGACAAAAUGAUCUUUUCCUCAAUUUGACCACUUUGCUUGCUGUAAGUGUCCCCUGCUUCUACUAACACAGAUCGCCACAUUACCUAUCCCCCAACUUCCAGUUUGGCUCGAUUCAUACAGUGUAAAACAUGCUAUCCUGUGGAUGCUUGGCACUCAGCCUUGCCUUGCUGCAGAGAUUGAAGAGAAAAAGAGCGAGGAACGUAUCCGUAGCGCCUAAUAUUGAUGCAAACCAGCUUUGCCUGAAGAGAAGUUAAUGCUAGAAAUUCUCUCCUCUUUCACUCCGUUUCCCAAACGUAUCUCUCCCUUUGAGCCCGCUGGUGUAAAGUAACUCUGCAUGGCAACACUGGAAACACAACUAAAGAUGUGUUAUGAUUCUUUAGAGCUACCAGAGGAAUCCCUCUAGCUUGCUUGUCACAGCUGUAAAUAGUUAAGUGUAUUACUGUAUACGAUGCCAGUACCCCUGUCCCCCCCCCCCCCUGAAAGGCAUGCUGGAGUGAUUAAUAUGGAUGUGUUGCUUUUGGGGAAAUAUGUGCUCUAAUAUCAGAACUUCACUUACCCAGUACACUAACUAAAAUCUUUUAAUUGAAAAAGAAUGAAGAUCAAUGUUGGAUGUGACAAACAUAAAUUAGUAUUUAUAAACUAUAUAUUCCCACAGAAUAUCUCUUCAUGUUUUGAAAUUAUUUCUAUGAUUCCAAAGCUGAGAUGUCCCCUUAUCUUCUUCCCUUUUUCUUUACUGUCCUCCUCACUAAUUUCCUCUCAUCUGGUCAUUAACGUGAAGUGAAAAUUUAGUGCUGUAUUUAUUUUUUCUCAUUACAACUAAUGUGAACUAAAGUUGAAGUAUUUGACCACUCCUAUAAGCUGAUUGAAGUUUCAGAACUUCUGAAUUUUAACUCAACUAUGAUGAAGUAGAUGGACAACGGACUUAUAACUUAUCUAUUUAUUGAGCUUGCUGUAGAUAACAGGGUUGCUUUGAGGUUGCUCUAAGCUUGUGUUGAGGAAAACAAACGCGGACUGUUUAGAAAUGUACAAAGACUUGAUUGUGAAACCAUCACCUACUGGUUAUACUCACAAGCUAAAGGAAUCAACAUGCACUGGAAGCCAAAAUAAGUCACUGCACAUACACACACACACACACACAACUUGAAUGAUAUAUUUAACAUGAGCAUUUUUUUUAUUCUGUAAUGUCUGUUUUGAUUUUUCCACCUCUUGCAUGACCCUGUCCUCUCAUUUGCAUGUGCUGAUAAUGCACACUAUACAGGUAUUCCUGUUUUGGAGAGACACAGUGUUGUUUGGCAGCCCUGUUAGACUUUUUUUUAACUCUUGUGUUUGUAUCUGACUGACGUGUACGUGUACAUAUAACUCCUUAGUGGUUUGAUGUGUAUAGAUAAAGUAAUUUUGGGGCUUUGUAGGUCUGUUGGCAUUGUAUAUUUGCAUUAAAUCAAAAUGGAACCACAUUCCUCUACACUGCUGUUGGCUUUUCAUUAAAACUGAUACAAUGUGA